CCAUGUUAGACUGAUCUCAAAGCGCGCAGGUCUCUCUUUCUACAUUCUCUCCCUCUCUCCCCCUGACACCAGACCAGACCAGACCAAAGCAGACCGCGCGUGAGCAUUGCAAGGGUCGUGGAUCCGCCCUCGUCUCGAUGUUUGACGUAGUUUGACUGCAGGUCAACUACCAGCCUUGGACAAGCAGACAGAGAGAGAGAGAGACAGAGAGAGAGAAGGGCGAGAAGUUGAUUUCGAGAAGGUGGAGAGAAGAAGGUCCAACAUGAAGGAAGGCACGAGAGAGAUUGAAGGAUGAGUUACUGCAGACUGCGCUGAAGCAGUUUCGGGCGGAGGCUCUCGUCUAUUUUCAACAGUCUUUUGUCGUCUGGCAGCGGAGCCACCAAUUUCAGUAAACUGUGAGUGAGCUCACAUGCCCACGCGACGCGACCUGACGGUUUAGCUCGAGUGAGUAGGAAAUCUCUUACAGGCUGUCGAAUAGCAGUCACGUGAGUGGAGGUAGCGGCAUUGUUAUAGUAGUCGUAGAAUUGUUAGCUUUGAGGGGCUCGGGAGCUGCGGGAGGUUCAAGAGCUUCAGGACGCUGCGAGGCUGAGCUCCAAGAUGGAUCUGAACACGGAGAUGCAAACUGCGUACGAUCCAGAUGUUACACUCGAGCAUACACCGACCUGGGCUGUGGGAGUCGUGUGCAUUGUUUUCGUCGCCGUGUCGAUUCUAGUGGAGGCCUCGCUCAAGCAUUUGAGUCGGUACCUCGAGCGCACCAACCAAAAGCCACUCCAGGAGACAUUGCAUCGGAUGAGAGAAGACUUGAUGAUGCUCGGGUUUCUGUCUCUUUUUCUGACCGCUUCGAGGAAUUCGUUGACGCGAAUCUGCAUUCCACAGCGACUGACCAACUACAUGCUGCCGUGCAGCGCCGAAGCCCCUCCCAGCCACGGAGUGUUGAUGCCCAACCGUGCUGACAGUGAUAAUGAAGCUCAGAUGUGUGUCCAGGGAAAAGUGCCUCUGAUGUCCAUCGAGAGUAUACACCAGCUUCACAUCUUCAUCUUCGUCAUGGCCCUCGUACAUGUAUUCUACAGCUGCCUGACGAUGAUUCUGGCGAGACUUCAGAUGAGAGGAUGGGGAAAGUGGGAAGAGGAAUACUGGCAGCAAGAUGCCAUCAGAGACUCUUUCAAAAUGUCGCGGCAGAAUUCCUUCGUGACCGACCGAACUCAGCAUCCGUGGACAUCCAAAGCUUGGUUUCAAUGGAUCGACAGUUUUUUUAGGCAAUUCUAUCGUCCGGUAAAACAAUCGGAUUACUUGACCCUUCGUCUCGGUUUUGUGAAGAAUCACAAUGUAGGACCGAAGUUCAACUUCUUAAAGUACAUGAUGCAGACUAUGGAAGAAGAUUUUAAGGUCAUCGUUGGCAUCAGCGCAUCUCUCUGGGUGUUUGUGAUAGUGUUCAUGCUCCUAAAUAUUUACGGGUGGUACACAUAUUUCUGGAUAGCGUUUCUGCCUUUGCUGCUUCUGCUCGUAGUUGGGACCAAGCUACAGCAUAUAAUGACUAUUCUUGCCAUAGAAAUUGCGAACAGCAAUACUCUGAUCGGGGAGCCGAUCAAACCACGAGACGAGCUUUUCUGGUUCAGCCGACCACAUCUCAUGCUCCAUCUGAUUCACUUCAUACUCUUCCAGAAUUCCUUUGAGCUCGCCUACUUCUUCUGGUUGUGGGCAACUUAUGGAAUCGAUUCAUGCUUCCUGGAAAAUAGAUCGUUCGUUUACGCCCGAGUCGUUCUUGGGUUCUUCUCGCAAGUCCUGUGCAGUUACGCGACUUUACCGCUGUAUGCUCUUGUAACUCAGAUGGGCACAACAUACAAAAAAGCUAUGUUCAAGCCGCCGAUAGAGAAGGCUCUGCAAGGAUGGCAUCACAAGGCGAUGGAGAAUAGAAGGAAGCGGAUGAGUGGAGAGAAGGCGGAUGCCCUGAUGGUGAAGGGGAGAGGUAGUCUGCCCAAGAGUCCUCUUGGCCCCGGUUCUAGUCCCAGUCCCAGUCCAGAAGGUAACGGCCACUCUUCUGUGUUCAAAGCUUUCGAGCACGUGAAGUCCAGAUUCGGACCCCAUGACAGAGACAUAGAGCACUGUCCUGACAAUAGCUUCCCGUCUCACCUACCGAGGCCUGAGAAAACAGAGGACGAGACUGCACCUCUGCGCUUGCAAAAGCAGUCCUCGGAUGUCAGUUGUGAGAUAGAUGUCGAUCAAGACGAUCGACAGCAGUCGCUCCUCCAGGCAAAAUCCGGACACAGACUCACCUCCACAAAGUCCAUUUAGAGAGUUUUCCGAAACUUCUUCAUUUGAGAACCAACUCCCGGUCGGAAGAAAGCCAGAGCUCCUCGCGUCCAGAAUGAGGAACUAGUCGAGAAGUCCGUGAUAAGACUAUCCGGCCUGGUUCCCCGCCAGAGAAGGAAGCAUGCAGUUUUGAGGCUUGAUUAACUUAAUCGAGUGGCAGCGAGGGACGAAACCUCCUGUUCUCUUUUAGACACUUGCAUGCAUCGCACUACACAGAAGUUGCUGCUUCAGACAUUUUGCACGAGCGUCCAGAAAGAGUUACUAGAGAUCUCAAGCACGCACGGGAUUUGAUGGAGGUGUGGCUGGAGAUACCAGAUUGUAGGUAGUCUGGGAAGCUCGAGGGCCCAUCUUUCAACUCUCGAGCAUCGUAAGGAGUGCUACUUGUUCAUGAGCAGACAGACUGUCCAUGAUAGAAAGAUUGCUCCGUUCUGUACCAUAUUAACGGUGGAUAAACUUCAACUUGUUUGAAGUGCCAGAGGCUUUCGAGGCAGAGCUCACCUCUGCCCCGAAGAGAAGGAAGCUGGAGCCACGAUGACCUCCAGCAAGAAACAAGGUUCAACAGACUCACUGCUGGAAUUCCGUCGGGCCUGCUCUUGGGAGUCGUCGGCAAAAGUUUCUUCUCGACUUCAACCCUCCAUUAGUGGCUGGGCUGUUUGUAAAUUGCUCUUACGAUCAAAUGACAUCUGCUGGAGUACCUCUACGUCGACUGCCUAGUUUUUUAAAACUUUUUUCUCGCCAGGAGAUCUGCACAUCCGGGGCACGGAUUGGGUCUUUGCAGCGUGAGGCAAGUGGGAAUCGCAGAGGUCUGUAUUUUACAGGACUAGAUUUUGAAACAAAGUCGGUGCCCCAGAUUUGGAGCAACCGAGAGUAGAGAGGCGUUUUGAGUUGUACAUUAUCAUACACACUAAUAUAACACGCGAUAGUCGAGG